AUGUCAGAAGCAGAGACAGAUAAAGUGAAAAGUAGAACACCGAGCUUUGAAAAUGACCAGAAAAAUACUUCCAUAUUGUUGAAAGAAGGUGAAAGUGUAUCUCAGCCAGUUGGAGAGCCAAACAGCUCCACCAGCUCCCUUCCUCUGCAAGUUCUCCCGAUCGUACUCCUGAACACAUCCGAUCACCAAGAAAGUCAGCUAACAAUUAAAGAUGAGAAACCAAUGAAAAGUAUUGUUCUGAGCUCGGUAUCAGAAUUUAGCAUCACAGAUGUGCCAUCCAAGGACGCCAACAACGAGAAGAAAUUGUCAGAAUCUUGUACAUCUAGAUUAUCAUCUCUUGAAACAUGCAGGACACAAUUCAGCUACCUUGAAGAUAAUGCAUCAGUCCAUGAAAGAGACAGCAACGAUGAAUGUGCCACACUCAUCCUGGCUUGCUUGUUCUGCCAGUUUUGGGACUUCCUGUUCAUGUUGCCCGACGUCUGUGAAAACUGGCUAAUGCAGGUGUGCUGCCCUUCCCAUAGAUAUCACCAAACCUCAAGCGACGACCACAACAAUGGCGAUUGCAGCUGUGACUGUGACAUUGAUUGCAGCAUCCUUGAAUCUUGCCAUGAAACCAGCGAGUGUCUGGAACUGGCUCUGGAGAUCUCUCAAGUCUGUUAUCACUAA